GCGGCCGGCAGGGGCCUCCCCGUCGCCGUUGUCGGAAGGGCGGCGGGCUUUGCGGGCUUUGCGGCGGGCCGGGGACACGCAGGACGAUGGUGCUUUGUUUUCUGAGCAGGGCACUGCAGCUAGCAAGACAUUCAUCCAGUCUGCUGGGAAGACAACUCUGUUCAGACAGCACAAAUAAGCCGAUGUUGACUUUAUUCACCAAGAAACCAUGUCCUCUAUGUGAUGAAGCAAAAGAAGUGCUUGAGCCAUAUAAGAGAAGGUUUGUUUUGCAGGAGGUGGAUAUUACCCUUCCAGAGAACUCGGCGUGGUAUGACAAAUACAAAUAUGACAUACCCGUUUUUCAUUUAAAUGGGAAGUUCCUAAUGAAGCAUCAGGUAGACAUACAAAAAUUUGAAGACCAGCUUAGGAAGCUGGAGUUGAAAAGUGGUGGAAACCAGUGAAGAAAAUGCAGCUGUUCCAGUGUUUAUCUGAAAGGACGGUGCAACACAAAUUGUGUGAAAAAGCAGUACUCAUUAUCUGGCCUUAGAAAGUUUCUUAGAAAGUGUGGUGCCAGUGUUUUAAAAACCUCAAGGGACUUGUAUUAAUCGUCCAGCCCAUCUGCACCAUCAGCAGCCUUUUCUGUACCAUACACAUGCUGGUAUCAUAGGCUGACUUUCCAUUGACAGAAUAAAUGGUGCUCCAUAAUAGCAGGUAAAGCAAAAUGUGGUUUUGUGGCAAGGUUUUGGUAGUGGGGGAGGUACGGGGUGGCUUCUUUGAGAAGGUUCUGGAAGCUUUUGCUGUAUCUAAUA